AGAUGUCACGUGUUUUGUGACAGCUGGCUGCCUAGGCCUAGUAUGGAGCUCCUGGAGGCUUUCGCGUCGUGGAUAAGGAGAAGUUGUUUCAAUGAGACUUCCCGCAGACACGCCGCAUUGGUCCUGGCGGCCACGUCUCUAGUCGGCUCCCUGGUGAAGGAGCAAUGGCCUCUGCCCGACUCUUACUUCAAUAACAAGAAGAACGUCCUGAACGUGUAUUUCGUCAAGGUCUCCUGGGGAUGGACGUUCCUCUGUCUUCUCCCUUUUAUUGCCUUGACCAGCUUCUUAGCUACGAGGAGCCUGGGUGCAGUUUUCCGCAGGCUGGGCGCCCUCCUGGUUGGGACCAUCAUCUGGUUUACCUGCACAAACUUCUUCAUGAUGAUUGAGAAUGUCACCGGCACGUGUUAUAACUCCUCAGCGAUGCUGGUGAUCAGGGAAGAGCUUACAGAUAAGCGGGAUUGUAUCACCAGCGGAGGCUUCUGGGGAGGCUUUGACAUAUCGGGACAUUCGUUCUUACUGCCCUACUGCACCCUGAUGAUUCUGGAAGAAGCCAUCGUUGCCCACCUGGUCCGCCUUGAGAAGUCCUGGCAGAAGCAUCUUAUUAACAUACUGACUUUGUCGCUAGCGUUUCUGGCUUCAGUGUGGACUUUAAUGUUUUUUUUAACCUCCAUUUAUUUUCAUGAUUUGGCGCAAAAACUCCUUGGGACCAGUUUUGGAAUUUUUGGCUGGUACGUCACCUACAGGUGGUGGUACCUGAUGCCAUAUUCCCCAGGACUUCCUCCGAGAUCUGCUACCAAAGAGGGGAAGCGAGGCUACAGUAAAUGAUGGCAUCUUAAUGUGCCGAGUGAUACAAGAAACACUUCCCCCUAAAAAUUCAGUUUUAGCUGUUCCUGGGACAGCUGGGUGACUGCCAGUGUUGCCAGCAUUACACCCAUCUUUCCCAGACUCUUAAAGAGGUACUGCUCUAGAAAACUUUUUAUUUUUAUUUUUUUUUAACCAACUGGCUCCAGAAAGUUAAACAGAUUUGUAAAUGACU